AGUGACCACUCUUGUGUAAAUCCGUGAUGGACUGUGACAGACCGACCAAAAACCCUAAAUCCUCGCUUACAAUUCGACAGACAAAUACACACAUAUAGUAUAGUAUUUACUCUGUUUUGAUUGUAUUAGUAAAUAAAAUAGCAUUAUAUACAUACUCCUUUGUUCUCUCUAUCCCUAACCCUAAAAACCCUUUUUCGCAUUUCAAACCCCACCAAAGGAAAAAUACCAGAACAGAGCAAGACCCCUGAACUUCCCGCGCUCCGUCUCUCUCUACACUACUUUCUCUCUCUAUGUUUCUGUGGGCAAUGGUCACAGACAUAAAGACAAGACAAGUGGGACCGUGAAAUGCUUGGAAGCGAUGCAGAAGCUGUUGCGUCGAAGCCCUUCAACCCCCAUUCUCUGUACUUCGGGUAACUCUCCAACUCCGUCUCUCUCUCUAGGGUUUUAUCACAAGAAUAAGAACCACAACUUUCUCUCUCUAGGGUUCAAGAACAAGAGAUUCCUCUCUCCUUACUUACCCUCGCAACCCACGAUGACUGCCGCCACCACUUUCCAUCUCCGGCCGGCUACCGGCGCCGCUCUCGCCAGAAAAACCACCGCCGUAUCUCAUUUUUCUACCAGUAAUAGUUGCCGUAUCUGUCGGUGCUCUAUCGACAACACUGUCCCUCCUAGAGCCUGGGCCGUGCUGAAGGAGAGUCGGACAGGGAUUCGGUCGACGUGGACAAUUACGGCUGCGGAUAAGGGUUUGUCUGCGCCGGCGGCUGCGGUGGCGGAGGAUUCGGAGAAUUUGGAGGGCGGUGUUGAAAAUGAUGGAAAGAACGAAAAUGGGUUGUCGACGGGUUCGGAGGAGAAGCCGAUGAGGGUAAAUAGGAGGCAAAGGGGCUCUUCUUGUGGUGGUGGUGCGGCGGCGGCGGCUGCUUUACCGGGGAAUCCUGAUUUGUUGACGAUUCCGGGUGUGGGGCCGAGGAAUUUGAGGAAGCUGGUGGAGAAGGGUAUCUCUGGUGUGGCAGAGCUCAAACAACUCUAUAAGGAUAAGUUUUUUGGGAAGUCCAGUCAGACUAUGGUCGAGUAUUUACAGGGCUCAGUUGGAAUAAUUCAUAAAAACCAUGCUGAGAGUAUAACCACUUUCAUCAAAGAGAGGGUUGAUGAUGAGUUAAAGGAGGAUGUUUCCAACUCUGACGUGAGACAAACCCAAAAGAAACGCCUAACUUUUUGUGUUGAAGGAAAUAUCAGUGUUGGAAAGACAACUUUCCUGCAGAGAAUCGCUAAUGAAACGAUUGAGUUGCAAGAUCUUGUUGAAAUUGUUCCUGAACCUAUUGCCAAGUGGCAGGAUGUUGGACCAGAUCAUUUCAAUAUAUUAGAUGCUUUUUAUGCUGAGCCACAAAGGUAUGCCUAUACCUUCCAAAACUAUGUGUUCGUUACUAGACUUAUGCAGGAGAAAGAGUCAGCUGGUGGAAUCAAGCCCCUCAGAUUGAUGGAGAGGAGUGUUUUCAGUGAUAGGAUGGUCUUUGUGCGAGCCGUUCAUGAAGCAAAAUGGAUGAAUGAGAUGGAAAUAAGCAUUUACGACUCAUGGUUUGAUCCAGUAGUGUCGUCUUUACCUGGACUUAUUCCUGAUGGAUUUAUAUAUCUUAGAGCAAGUCCUGAUACUUGCCAUAGGCGGAUGAUGCUACGAAAGAGAGCUGAGGAAGGCGGAGUGAGCCUAGAUUAUUUGCGUGACUUACAUGAGAAGCAUGAGAGCUGGCUUUUCCCAUUCGAAAGUGGAAACCAUGGAGUAUUGUCUGUCAAUAAGCUACCAUUUGAUAUGGACUGCCCUUUACACCCCGAUAUAAGGGACCGCGUGUUUUAUUUGGAUGGCGAUCAUAUGCAUGCAAGCAUCCAAAGGGUUCCUGCUUUGGUUCUUGACUGUGAACCCAACAUUGACUUUAGCAAAGAUAUUGAAGCAAAGCGGCAGUAUGCUCGCCAAGUUGCAGAGUUCUUUGAAUUCGUGAAGAAAAAGAAGGAAGUUCCUUCUUCAAAAGACACUGAAGAAGCAGCAAGAAGUCCUCAACCACAGUUAUUGCUGCCUCAUGAAGCUGGGUUGUGGGUACCUAAAGGGAAGCAUUUCCCCGAUUCUCCUUUAGAUUUCAGACGAACCAUGUCAUACGUGUCCGGCUAGCGUCAUGUCAGGAGAUACGCUCUUACGCUGGAAACCCUUGGCAAUGUGUUUAGCUUCUCUGCAUGUAAAAAAUGUUUUAGCCCUUCCCUUUGACUUUCGGAAUUGUAGAGCAGGUUGUAUUGUUAAUGGGAUACUGGUAGUGUGCUGUUAGUGGGCCGAACAGUUGUUUUAUUUGAAGGUGAAAAAGGCUUUGGUUUA